GUCAAGACACGCAUCUUGAUCCUAUCCGACACCCAUGGUCUGAAACCCCAAGACUCGCCCGGAGGGCCCAAGGGGGCCAAAGGCACGCCUCCCUCGGGCUAUCGAUACCCUCUUCCCGAGGCCGACGUCGCCAUUCAUUGCGGUGACCUGACGUCCAACUCCAACAUCCCAGAGCUCGAGGACACCUUCUCCAUGCUCCGUCAGCUUUCCGCUCCGUUAAAGCUUGUUAUUGCUGGUAACCACGACCUGGCCCUCGACCGCAACCACUGGGACUCGGUGGUCGAAAGCCUUGAGGCCCGCGGUCGCAUUCCGCUGCCCGUGGUCGAACAGUACAAGCGCUGCCCGGUUGAGUUUCAGCGUAUCAUCGACGCCGCCCGCCAAGACGGAGUCAUCUACCUCCCCGACGACGGCGUCUACGACUUCGAACUGGGCAACGGCGCCCGCCUGCGCGUCUUCGCGUCCCCCAUGACGCCGAGCUACGGAGCCUGGGCCUUCCAGUACCCGCGCGGGACCUACAAGUUCGACAUACCCGCUGCUGCCGGCAUUGACGUCGUCGUUUCUCAUGGUCCGCCUAGGGGCGUAUUAGACAGGGCCAGCAACGGACAGUAUGCCGGCUGCGACGAGCUCUUCGCCGCCGUCUGCGCCAGCAGGCCCCAGAUCCACUGCUUCGGCCACAUCCACGAGGCCUGGGGCGCCGAGCUCGUCACUUGGAAGAAGCCGCCCCCCAGCGACGACAAGUACAACUCGGCCGCCGCCCCACUGGCUCGAAGCAAUGCCUAUGGUUCCGGGCCGGAGGGGAAAAAGGCGGCCAAGGCCAAGGUCGCCCGCUUCUACCGGGAUAAGUGCGUGCCGGUCGAUAUCACUUCGGCUGGCAGGCUUUCGCUUCGCCCCGGCGAGCAGACGCUCUUCGUCAAUGCCGCCAUCAUGAAUCGGUACUACAGACCUGCCAAUGUUCCCUGGCUCGUGGACAUUGACCUACCGAAGGCCGGA